AUGACGCCUGAGCAAUGCUUCGCCAAGCAGCUGGAGCAUCGUGGAGGCUUGCAAAAGAGUCACAGGAGGAGGGGAGCUUGGGGAGCUUGGGUGGAUGCUGGACCCAAUUACUGGUUUCAACAAACUACAAUGAAAUACUUGGUAGUACCCCUUUCUCUCUGCAAUUCCAUCUGCCCUUCUGGUUGUCAUAAGAAAAAGAAGGAAGGGGAGCCAUUUUGUUGUUACGAUUGUGUCCGGUGUUCAGAAGGAAAGGUUUCUACUGAAGCAGACAUGGAUGCCUGCAACACCUGUCAAGAAGAUCAGUAUCCUAAUAAGGAACAAAAUCAAUGCAUACCUAAGAUAUUUUCCUUCCUGUCUUAUGAGGAACCCUUGGGAAUGGGGUUAGCCAUUUCUGCAUAUUUCUUUGUUUUCAUCACAGUUUGGAUUUUAUGGAUUUUUAUAAAGUAUCGCAACACUCCUAUUGUCAAAGCCAACAACAGGAGCCUCACUUAUAUCCUCUUAACUUUUCUUCUCCUCUGCUUCCUAUCUUCAUCACUCUUUAUUGGCAAACCUCAUAAGCUGACUUGUCUCUUCCGCCAAAUGGCUUUUGGAAUCAUCUUUUCAGUGGCUGUUUCAUGUGUGCUAUCAAAAAAUGUUACUGUGAUUGUGGCUUUCCUUGCCACCCAACCAGGAUCUAGAAUGAGAAAGUGGAUGGGGAAAAAAGUAGCCAAUGCUAUAAUUCUUUUCUGUUCUUCUAUUCAAGUAGGCAUAUGCCUUAUCUGGUUGGCUACUACUCCCCCUUUUCCUGAUGUUGAUAUGCAUUCAAUGGCUGAAGAAAUUGUGUUAGGGUGUAAUGAAGGGUCAACUGCCAUGUUCUAUUGUGUUUUAGGUUACAUGGGUUUCCUGGCUUUUGUGAGUUUCCUUGUGGCAUUCUUUGCAAGGAAGUUACCUGACAGUUUCAAUGAAGCCAAGUUCAUAACCUUCAGCAUGUUGGCCUUUUGCAGUGUUUGGAUAUCCUUUAUCCCUACAUACUUGAGCACUAAGGGAAAAUACAUGGUGGUGGUGGAGAUCUUCUCUAUAUUGGCUUCCACUGCUGGACUGCUGUUUUGCAUUUUUUCCCCCAAAUGCUACAUUAUUUUGCUGAGGCCAGAACUAAACAAAAGAGAUGAAGUAAUAAAACGAAAAAGAUAA